UCUGACGACCUUAUCAGGAGGAAGUGAAGCUCAGACGAAGCGACUGGCUCACCGGAGGGAAAAAAACGAAAAAAAAAAAAAAGAGAGCGAGAGAAAAAAAAAAAGAGGAGGAGGGGGGGAAACUUCACUGAUUCACUGGAAUUUGGACAGAUUUGGAAACUGUGUCCAAACUAUCCCGGCCUGCUGGAGCUUCGCGGAGGAAAGCGGAGUCGUCAGCUCCGAAAUGAUGGAAGACUCUCAUUUUAAUUCGUCAUAUUUCUGGUCUCCAGUCCCCACUAUGCCCGGACAGAUUGAGAAUGCCAUGUUCCUAAACAAAGUAAAAGAGCAACAGGAAAAAAGCGCUUCCUUCUCUGCUUCCUCUGCAUCUCACUACCAGACGACUCUUCUCACCAUCCCCACGCCUGGGGCCAAGACAGAUGGAGGAGGCCAGGCUGGUAGUGCGGCGCACCUCCACCCUCCGCACAGCACCCAGAACAUCACAGUGUUGCCUGUCCCCUCCACAGGCAUCAUGACAGCAGCUGGUCUGGUGAUCACGACUCCUCAGGGAACUCUAGUCUCUCCAACCUCCUCUCAGUCGUUUGUGUCCGGCCAUCCUGCAACAACCAUGAUUGUUUCAGCGCUCCAUUCUUCAGAAAAAAAAGAAGCGGACGGGAAUUCACAUGUGGUUGUGAUGCCAGCGCCCUCCAAACGAGGGAGAAAGAAGAAGACCACAGUGUCUCGUGUUGGUCCUCUGGGCAUGCCGGGAAAUGAAACUGUAAUACUGGCUCAUCUGACGCCAGGUGGCCAGGUGACAACUUUGCAGCAUCAUGCUAGAGAUCCAUAUGAUCUCUCAAAUGAAGACGAAGACCAUGCCUCGAAAGAUAGCACGAAAACAUACAGGUGCCGGAUGUGUGCGGCGACCUUCUUCAGUAAGUCUGACAUGCAGAUCCACUCCAAGUCGCACACAGAGGCCAAACCUCACAAGUGUCCUCACUGCGCCAAGUCAUUCGCCAACUCCAGCUACCUGGCCCAGCACAUCCGCAUCCACAGUGGGGCCAAGCCUUACACCUGCUCCUACUGCCAGAAAUCUUUCAGGCAGCUCAGUCACUUACAGCAGCACUCACGGAACCACACAGAUGCAAAGCCCCACAAGUGUCCCCAUUGUACCAAGUCAUUUGCCAACUCUAGUUACCUGGCCCAACAUAUCCGCAUCCACACCGGAGUGAAACCCUACACCUGUUCCUACUGCGAAAAGUCCUUCAGACAGCUGAGUCACCUUCAGCAGCACAGCAGGAUUCAUACCGGAGAUCGGCCAUACAAGUGCAGUCACCCAGGCUGUGAGAAAUCCUUCACGCAACUCUCAAAUUUACAGUCUCACCGGCGUCAACACAACAAAGACAAGCCUUACAAGUGCCCCAACUGCAAUAAAGGAUACAUAGAUGCAGCGAGCCUGGAGGUGCACAUGUCCACACACACUGUCAAACAUGCCCGGAUCUACUCGUGUGGUCUCUGCAACCGCACUUACACUUCAGAGACGUAUCUGGUGAAACACAUGGAGAAACACAACCCAGACCAGUUGACUGCAUCAGCAGUCAUGGCAGCACAGCCGGCACAACAGAACCAAAGCCAGGCCCAGGGCCAGGCUGGAGCUCAGAGCCGGGUAGAGAGUGCAGAUGGAGCAUCGAGCCGACCUGGAGGAGCUGGGAGUGGAGCGGCGGGCAGGGGCCAGCAAGGACACAGCCAGAGCAACUACCCUCAGACAGAAUCCAUCUCCUGUCCGUUUGACCUCCAUCAAUACAAGACAGUGUCUGCCAACGACAUCCAGUACAAGCCAGUCAGUGUGGCGGACAUUAGUACCCACAAGGACCUCUGUCUCACUGUGUCAGCAUCCACCAUCCAAGUGGAGCACCUCAACUCUUAGAGAAGAUGAAAGGAGGGAGAGUGGGAGGUUGGGAAGCUAAAAUUUAUUCAUGAUAACAAGAGAUGGAGGAUGAAGAGUGGAAUAAUUAAAGCAAUACUAAGAUGAUGCAGAAACUUUGGAACAAAUGACUGUGCCUGAAUGAUUUUUUUGAGGCAGACAGGAGAAACGAUACCAUGACACAAUAAAUUGAAGACUAUAAUUUUAGUUUUAUUUUUUUAAGUUUUAUCUCUUUUUUUUUUUCUUUUUUGCCUUGUUUGAUUUGUUUGCUUAGCUGUCCAGUCUGACGUGCAUGUAAAGGCUGCAAUAAAGUAUGUUUCAGUCCAUCACAGUGAUGGUUUUAUAAUAGGAAGCAUCUAAGAGAUACUUCACUUUACUAUUAACACCUCCUGCUCUUCCCUACAGAUACAACUGUGGCCAUCUCAAAUUACUGACUUCCUUUUAUUGAAAUUAGAAGUUGACUAUGAAAGUAUUUUUUUAUACUUUCAUACAGAAAGUUUCAGUUUUUACAUCAGCGUUAUUAACUCUGCGAAGUUAUAACAAUGGAUGCUUGUGAUCCUUUUUUUCUGGAAAGAAAAAAUAGCAAUCACGUAUAUAAAGUUAUAUCAUACCAGUUUAUAAAGUAUGAUUGCGUGCUUAAAGGAUAUGGUAAAACACAUAAUGUAUUUAAAUCAAUUUGCAGGCCUUCACAUACCCUUUGAGAGAGAGUGAUGAGCCUGUUCAUGUAAUCCAGUUGUACUGCUUUGUAUGUAUGUCCUCAAAGUAGUGUUAUCCAAAUGUGCUUCUGCUAUUAUACUUCCAUAGUAACAACAUUUAUAACACUUAUUCAUAGACAUAAUGACUCAUGAGAUUUUUUUUCUGCUUAUAAUAAAAAUAAAACCCUCUAAGUGAUUA